AUGAACACCAAGAGGAAAGACAGCUUCAAGGCAGUCCCCGGCGAGAAAGUGGGCAAUGUCGAGAUCAUAGGGAAGCCGCCCGUGCUAAUCAGCAGUGCCUCAGCGGACUUUGCGCCCGUCCCAAGUGUAUCGCUCGCGUCCCUAACGAAGGAGGUGCGUGAGCAGGCCCAGGAGAUACAGCACCUCAAGAACGACGUGGAGACGCUGAAAAGGAUG